GCGGGAGUUUGGUGGAGUUUUCGGCUCCGGUUCCGGUGAUUGAAGGCCGCCGUUCGUCGUUCGCGCGCACGCUUCAAGGGUGAGCCGAGAUGUCUGAUGUAGUGAACAUCAGAUUUUACUACGGUCCUGGUACUGUCCAAACAACUGAGAUGGGAGCUGAUCUGAGUGAAUUUACUCACAUAGAUGUGCCAAUGAGCGCACCUCAAACAUGGUCUGUCAGUCAGUUGAAAGAAUGGAUUGCGGCAAGUUUAGGUCUUGAUACUGAAACACACACCGUCGGUGUUCAUGCAUUGUGGACACGGUCAAGUACAAUAAUUUACUUUUAUUUGAGGCCAAUAGAGCGAGACUCCGAUUGGGUGCGGUGGUUACAAGGUUGUGAACGAAGGGGAUGCAAUCCUAUUGCUUUAGUGCUUCCCGUCGUGAAGGGGGUCACUGCACAUGAAGACCAAGGUGGCAACGAUCCUGGGCAGAGCAGUGUAGGUAGGCGGCUAUCUAUGUCAAAUGCUGGAGAUGAUGGUUACGAACAAGGACAGAGCAGUCAGGUAGAAGGAGGAAAUGCUUAUGGUUAUGAACCAGGGCAGAAUAGUCAGGUAGAAGGGGAAAAUGCCGAUGGUGAAUACAAUGGCGAGGUUGACGCUGACGAGGUAGAUGGGCACAUGCAGGACCAGAUGGAAGAAGAAGACACUGAUGUUGAAAGGGGUUAUGCCGAUGAUUCUGGCGAGUCAGAUGAAGAAGAAAAUGCAGCGGAGGUCCCGAAUCCUGCAUGGUGGAAUCAUGACUUCUCAUCUGCAAUGACCGUGAAUGAUGGACAUGAUUCAGCCUGGCAAUAUCAUCAGAACAAUAUUGCAACGGGUGCUAUGUCCACCCCCUCCUGAACAACCUGGCAGUUCAUCGUGGCAGCAUCCACAGCACUAUGGUCCCACGUCGAGCUUCGUGUUUUCUCCACAGCCACAGCACCACGGUCCCUCGUCGAGCUUUGUGUUUGAGCCAGAGCAGCCGUCACAGCCAGCAGGUGUGUGUCUUCAUAUUUAUUGUUUUCAAUAUUAGUUCAGGCGGCAUCAGACUUCAUGACUUAAAGUUCCGUCGUGCAGGAGCCUAUGGAUAUCAUGCGUCUAUGUCGGCAUCACAUGAUACGUGGGGGAGUGAUCAUCAUCCCGAGGAUCACAUACAGGCUCCGAUGUCGCAGCACACCCACUGGAUGAACAUGUUUUCGACUCCUCCACCAGGCCCCACACAUGAUACACAGCAUGACCAGGAAGAGUCUGAGAUUGCACCGCGUCCCAUUAGGGCACCUGACAGAUGGGGAUGGACGCCGAUUCCAGAUCCGCCUCCCCGCCAUGCCAGACGUCGUCACUGACGCUUCUAUCUAUCAGUACAGACAUUACCAUCUAUUUAUGUGUGAGACUUAUGUCUAUUCUAUGUAUGAGACAAAUGACUAUGUACUUAUGUAUGAGACAUAUGCCUACUCUAUUUUAGUACUAUGUUAUCCGAACUACAACAUCAUAUUUAAAUAGAACAGAAUGCUCGUACAACAAGACAGUACAAACAACUACAUAGAACUACAUCUAAAUUAAACGGUACGUACGAGUGAACUUACAACAUACAACAUAAAACUACAUGAAGUCAUCAUCGUCAUCCUCCAUCGAUGCAGAACUCUUGCCCUUUGACGAUGAAGAACUCUUGCCCUUCGACGAUGAAGAAACCUUGCCCUUCGACGAUGAAGAACUCUUGCCCUUCCAAGAUGUAGAACCCGGAAGCGGUGGCAUGAAGAUAUCAUCUUCGUCCUCGCUCUCCUCAAUCCAUAAUAAUGGAUUAUUUGCUGAAAGCCUUCUGAAAGAUUCACUCUUCGGCACCACCACCUUCUUCCACCUUUCAUGUAUCCUAAAAAGUUCUUUACGUACCUCUUCAUACGUCCUUUCAGGCCACCCAGACCUACGUAAUUGGUGACCAACUCAUUCAUUAUGGUGUCACUACCG